CCCGCGCCCAGAAAGAAGCGGGAAUCCUGUUCUCCCCCGCGACGCCAUCAAGGUUGAGCAAGCAGUAAGGCCGCCUCAUCUGCUUCCACGUCUCGUCCUGGCCUUAGGAAACUGCGAUUGCAGUUCUCAGCAUCGUUGCGAGGAAAGUGGGGCUUACUUUCGCGUAAAGAUGCAUUGGGUUGCACUCUUCAUCUUCAUUUCCAGAUGCAGACAUCUAUAAGAAGAGGAUAUAAUUCCUGCCUGCCAUGGCUGAGGUACUAGAGAGUGCAAAGAGGAAAAGGAGGAGGGUUGAAGAAGCAGAUAGUGCAGUUCCUAAAGACUCAAAGACUCUUACAGAGAAAAUUGCUGAUGUUAUAGAUGCAACCGGUAUUGAAUUUCCAGAAGAUGAGAAGAAUGCGACUAAAGAAGCAAGUAGAGAAACUUCUGCAGACUCAAAGAUAGAGCCAUUUGUUACUGUGGAGGAUGAUAGAAUGAAAUUAAGUAAAGAACUAUGCGGUACAGCUGAAAAGGGAGAGGUCAGUGUUCCUGAGAAAAGAAGACCAGAAAAGAGAAGACAUGAACCCAGUUCUGAAGAUGACCCUGCAAAGAAAGCAGCUGAUGUUAUAGAUGCAACUGGUAUUGAAUUUCCAGAGGAUGAGAAGAAUGCGACUAAAGAAGCAAGUAGAGAAACUUCUGCAGACUCAAAGAUAGAGCCAUCUGUUACUGUGGAGGAUGAUAGAAUGAAAUUAAGUAAAGAACUGUGCGGUACAGCUGAAAAGGGAGAGGCCAGUGUUCCUGAGAAAAGAAGACCAGAAAAGAGAAGACAUGGACCCAGUUCUGAAGAUGACCCUGCAAAGAAAGCGCAUACGGAAACUGUAGCAGCCCAUUAUAAUAAACUUGAAGAGGUUGGUUUGGAACAACGGAGUAUGAGUCGCAUUUUCUAUCUUCGAAACUUUAACAACUGGAUAAAGAGUGUUCUCAUUGGUGAAUUUCUAGACAAGGUACGACAGAGAAAACAAAACAUUACAGUUCUAGACCUGGGAUGUGGCAAAGGUGGGGAUUUAUUGAAAUGGAGAAAAGGCAGAAUCAGUAGACUAGUGUGUACAGAUAUUGCUGAUAUUUCCGUACAACAGUGCAAACAGCGCUACAUGGAUAUGAGAAACCGUGGCCGUCAGAAUGAAAGAAUUUUCAGUGCAGAAUUUAUAACUACUGACAGCACCAAGGAACUUCUAUCUAAAAAGUACAAUGAUCGAAACAUGUGUUUUGACAUCUGCAGCUGUCAGUUUGUGUACCAUUAUUCCUUUGAGACGUAUGAACAAGCUGAUAUGAUGCUUAAAAAUGCUUGUGAAAGGCUUUGCCAUGGAGGAUAUUUCAUUGGGACAACUCCAGAUAGCUAUGAGCUUGUAAAACGCCUUGAAGCUUCACAAACAGAUUCAUUUGGGAAUGAAAUAUACACAGUAAAGUUUGAGAAGAAGGGAGUAUAUCCCUUGUUUGGCUGCAAGUAUGAUUUUAACUUGGAAGGAGUAGUUAAUGUCCCGGAGUUCCUGGUCUUUUUUCCAUUGCUAGUAGAAAUGGCAAAGAAGUAUGGCAUGAAACUUAUCUACAAAAAGACUUUUCGGGAGUUUUAUGAAGAAAAAAUUAAGAAUGAGGAACAUAAAAUGCUUUUGAAGCAAAUGCAGGCAUUGGAGGUAUAUCCUGCUGAUGAAAAUUCCAGGCUGGUCUCAAAUAAAAAAGACGACUAUGAGCAUGCAGAAACUUUUAAGAAUGAUGGAAAAGCAAAGCUACCUCUUGGAACAUUGAGUAAAUCUGAAUGGGAAGCAACAAGCAUAUACUUGAUUUUUGCGUUUGAAAAGCAGCAGUGAAAAAGACCACGAAGAAAUACUGGAAAGUAGUCUAGGAUCCAAAGUGACAGUUAUUUUUAUAUUUUUAUGUGAAAACCGUGUGCAGGACACAACCAAGUUGGGCAAGCUUACAUGCAAGUUAUGGUUGCCUGUCUGUGACAGAUGUAAUAUGUGUGUGCGCGCGUGCAGAUGACCUAGAAAUUGGAAUUCUUCUUUUUGGGGAGAUAGGGGUGUCCUGCUUUUUUGUUUAAAUAAAAUGCAUGGGUUUUUUUUCCCCUUUUUAAAUAAGCAGGAUCCUUUCAGACAAACAUUUGCCACAUCUUGGCUCAUGUACUGACUAAUGCCAUACAUGUGUAAGAAUGUUUCUUGUGUGCAAGGGGGAGGGGUAAUUUUCACCACUUUCUCCCCUUCCUCCUGCUGCUCCCCUCCUGGAAUAUAUGUCCCCGAGAAAUGGGGAUUUUCAGGGGACAUAUUUUUGGAGGAGCAUUGGGUACAGCAGAGAGAAGAGCAGAUUGUCGAAAAUCACUCUUCCUUUUUAAACGUGAAAUGUCAUGCAUGUGUAAUAUUGGUAUACAAGCCAUUGGCUGCUUAGAAACCUACUUCAUCUUAGCAUGAAGAUCUGAUCAUAAUAUAGCUUCCGUCCAUGUGAUGGAUUAGCUGUAGCUAUGCUCUCUGUUGCUUGGAAAUCCAGGGAAGUGAGAGUUUUGGUAAUGCGCACCUUGCUGCAUAAUGAGAACCUACAGAUGACCAACUCUACAUGCUGUUAGAACCGUCCCAAAGUUAAUUUUGAAGUGGCCACCAUGCAGCAGGUGUUCACUUAAAAUUCACCCAUUGUGAAAUACUGUUGUGCUAUACAAAGUUGUAAACUCCUAGCAGGUCUGUACACGAACGAGGUAUGGAUCCAGUAUUCCCUGCAAUGUGUGGAUAAAUCUCUGUCCCUGAUUCAGAGUUUUGUGGGCACUUAGAGGACAUGGCACUUCUGUGUGAGUGGGUGUCCCUUUUUAAAGAAAAAGCCUUUGUGUAGCCCAAUAAUGUAAGUGAAUGAAGCUCUCGCAUGAACUCUUUGUGCAUCAGGGUUCCAUACAUUGUUUGUCAUUCAUUGGUUGGGCUUUUUAUCCGGGUUUCACAGCACAGUAUUUUCAGAGUGUUAAAUAAUUGUAAUCGGUGUUUGGCGGGAAUGGGGAAGAUUUAGAGAAAUCCCAACUUGCUCAUUGGUGUGCAACCUCUUUUCACAGUAUGUGAUCAAGAUUAAAUGGAUUUCUGUUCUGUACAAAUGAUAUGUGUGAGAUACUAAGGGAUGGUCUCAGAUCUAGGGAUGUGCAGAACAAUUCACAGUUGGAAUGUAUCCCUGUAAUGGGGAGCCAUGACUGUAUAUGUGGUGAAUACCGACAAGAGGAAGAGAGAUGUAGGGAGCUGAUGGCUAAUGCUUAGUUUUCGCAAGCAGCAAGUGAGGUGGUCAUUGUGUUUCUUGAGUCUGCCACUCGUUAGCUCUCACCUCAUGAUUAAAUUUGCUCCCUACAACAAAGUUCCCUGCACAUGGAAAAUAUGCAUGUCAGGAAGAACUCUAGCUAGCCACACCAGCAUUCUUUGUGCAGGGAACUUUGCCUAUGGAGAAAUUCAUAAUUGUGUGAAUUUUCCUUUGCAGUUUUUGGUAACACCGUCAAGAAAAAGAUUCGUCUCACCUGCCUUUGAGAGAAUGAGGCUGCUGUGAUUACCCUUUCAUACCUUUCAUCUUGGCAACUGUAGCCACAGUUACUUAGAAGCAGCACUGAUUUAAAGAAAUGCAACAACUUUUGGGUCACAUCCUCAGGACAAUUCAUGGAGUUGAUUCAAAAAUUCGUGCAUACGAGCCCUUAAACCAGAUGUGUAAGGGUUACGGUUGGCCAGUUUCUGUAUCUCUAAGGACUACUCUGUCCUUCAGACAGUGGUCUGGAAGUGCAUUUUGCCACAAUAACUGCCCCCAUCCCAAGUGGUCCAUUUGUUCAGUAAGAGUUCUGUGAUUGAGGAGUAUAUGUGCUCAGGUAAAGCGUUACAUUACUAAUACAUAUGUUUACAUCUUUCUUUCUUGCAUGUUGUAGAGAAAUUCCAACAGAUAAAAUAUUAAAGUGUUGAAUGUAUUUUUAUCCAUUGGAACUUUCCCCCCUUAAAACAAACUGUGGAUGUAUUCUUUACUAUACCUUGAAUGUAUAGGUACAGACUGAAAUGAUUUUGCAAGGAGAGGGAGGAAUUAGAUCUGGUCUUUAGGUUUUUAUUACUGUUCUGCAUGAAUCAUUAAAAAGUCCUGAGGCUAUCUACUGAAUUCUGGAGUGCCUUGUGAACUUGAGCUGGACUCAUGGCCCUCUGGCUUGUCAAAUCCUAAUUGGCUUGUCCUUUCCCCCCCCUGUUUCCCACACCCUUGGGAGGGCAAAUUUCAAAUUCUUGUGCAACCAGCCACUUACUGGGUGACCUUAGGUAAGUCACCUUAUCUUAAUCUAACUUGGUGAUAAAAAGGGAUUAUUCUAUAUACUAGCAAAAUGGAUUUUCAGUUUAUAAGCAUUCCUCCUGUAUGGCAAAAUGACCAUGCACUCUACCUUCACUUGUUGCUACUUGAUGUCUAGUGGAGUUUAUGUUUAGAACACUGUUUUUAUAUCUCCAGCACUUAAGCUUCUUUACCUUGUUAGAUUUCCCAAGUGAUUUUUUCUGGAGAUCUGACACAGAUUGACCUGCAGGGAACUGAAAAAAAUCGAGUUUAUUUGUUGCUUAAUUAUUCAGUGUAUUUCCUGACUGUUAAUCUCAAAAAAUCCCCCAAGAAAACCACCAAAAAGCUGUCAUUUCCCAUGUAUUUCCAAUGAUGGAGUUUUUCCACAUUUUCUGGCAAAUUAACCAAUUUUCCUGGGGUUUUUAAAUUUUGUUUGUAGUCUGGGUGAGCUCUGGAACCUACCUGUAAUCUGCAUGUUUCUAUCAUGGUUUGGUCUGAUGGAGUUUAAUGUCUGUCAGUGAGCGAGGCCUAAGUAGAUUUAUAGAACAGAUAUUGCCCUGAGUUCCUUUUGAAGACAUAUGGGGUACAAAUAAAGCUGAUUUUUGUAAAUGCAUUUAAAUAUAAAGAGUAGACUUUUCAUUAGUGUCCCAUAUCCAUCCAGUUUACAGUAUUUUCUUUGGACAUUUAACCAUCUGAAUGGGUUCUUGCCCCUCGUGAAUUGCAUAACAUGUAGCAGUGUGAUGGCAAGUUGCAUUAUGUCUAAAUGACAUUCUAGAACAUCUGUUUUCUUAAGUGUGAGCCGUGACGGCAGCUGUCAAAUAGAAAUUUUCACUUGCUAGUUGGAUCGCUGAAAGUGGUUGAUAGAAUCAGUUUCAGAAACUUAACUGUACUCUUUAUUCAUGUCCUCUCUUAACUGGAUUUAUGAUGGAGGUAGAGGAGCUCUGGCUAGCAUCUAGAGUGGCAUGGGCACAGUAGUGUAGCACAAGGCACUUCUCCCACUCCUCACACUGCAUGCUAUGCACUGCUGAGCAUCCUUUGACCCUCAGGUAUGGCUUUUUGGCAGUGGGUGCAUGGGCUCUGAACUGUAGCAAAGAGGACAGCGCAGGGAAAAUGUCUUGCACUCAUACUGUUGAGCAAGUGCCACUCUGGACACUACCCAAUGGCUGUCCAUGCAGUUCAGAAAUCUUUCAGAUGAGAACUGAAUAUUGUGUGCCUUGUAGUCUGGAAUGUUGUUUCCUUAAGCAAGCAGCCCUGUUUUGCUUUGGAGGGCUACACAUUAUGGUGUGUGUGUGUGUGUGUGUGUGUGUGUGUGUGUGUGUGUGUGUGUGUGUGUGUAUAUGUGUGUGUGUGUGUGUGUGUAUGUAUGUGUGGAUAGAUAGAUAGAUAGAUUUGGGUGUUGUAGUUGACAUGACUCCAAGACAUGAUUUGGUGAGAGGCACAAAACUCAAGCUGCUUUGGAACAGAUAAUAAACAGAACCCCAGGAAUAUUAUUGGUAGUAUUUUAGGAGUUGCAGGACCUUGUGUUUUUGAAUAUAGAUGUUGAUGGGAAUCAUGCUGUUUUCCACUGGAGUAAGGUUCUCCAUAGGGCAUUGACUUAUCCUGAUCCCAUAUAAAUGUUUUUCCUUCUCAUGGUUCUGCUGCAGAAGUGUUUGCAUAGUUGCCCUGUUAGAUAUAGAUAACAUACCUAAGUUUCAUAGAGCAGUGCAACUAGGGCAUUUAGGGCUGAGCCCUAUGUGGGACCAGUUUUUCCCCCCAGUAACUAUAGCUCUGUGGAUCUUCAGGGCAGCAGUUCCUAGGUAGUUGCCUGGUAAGCUCACUCACCUCCCCGCUUAACCCCACAUACCUCUCUUUUCUUCAUUCUGCCCCAAAUACCUCAGGGAUAAGAACAGGAAACUAUAAGCUGUCUAGAAAAUAAUAGUGCAUUGAAUUUAUGAAGUAAAUUCAUAAUAGUAGUAAUAUGUAGAUGAUUUUGUCCAUGUGCUGUAAUGGAUAAUGGAGAAGUUAAGGCAGGCAUGAAUACUGUAUCCAGCAGAAAAUUUGAAAAAAGGCUUUCUGUGUAGUAUUUCUUACACACUGGAUGAGACACUGCACAACUUUACAUGACUGCAUAACUGAAAUUAUGUUGUCUGCCUCAAUUCCAGUAAGUAGCGCCCCCCCCCCCCAUGCUGUAGGGAUUUAGCUUUCUGAUGAACAAGCACAUCCACAGUGGGUAGACCAACUAUAACUACUUGUCUUCUAGGUGCUUCCUACUUGUCUUGAAUAUUCAGGCAUCAGUGUGAUACUCAUCAAACAUAACAAUGUGGGAUCCGAGACUGAUCAUUCUAGCAGACUUCAGUUUCCAGUACUGGAAACAAACACACCUAUUUAUCACAAACUCUUAAGUAUUCCUAUAUAUAUAUUUUUAAUGUACAAAAUAUUCAAAAUUGUGUGGUGCAUUUGUGGUAGCACAUUAAAAAAACACUAUUUAGUCUGAAAGAAUAUGUGCAGCAGUUUGAUGUGAAUUGUUGCUCUUGUAAUACUCUGUACUCUGUUGUUGUUUCAAGUUCUCAAGUAAACUUCCUUUUUUGUCCAAAAUCUCUUCGUAGUUUAAUGUAUGGGAAAAGGUAAGUUCUUAUCUAACUUCAAAUCGAUUAUCAAGUUAACUGGUAUGACCCUUUUGUAUACAGCAUCAGUAUGAAGAAGUAUUGAGCUGUUGGUGAACUCUAGGUUACAGAGUUAUUUGAAUGUGCUGUGUUGGAAGAAUCUUUGCUUUCAUUUCCACCUUUUAAGGUAUAUCAAGAACAGAAUUAGUUGAUUUUUCUGUGGUGGUUUAGCCCAGUUUUCCUAACCGUUCCCCCUUGAGAUACACUCACUGAGGGAAAAAAGAUUGAGGCAUACUACCCUCUCAGUACAAAGGCACACCCACCCCGUUUUUUGUGGUGGCAAAGCUGCAACAUUUAUGUAUGUGUUAUAUGGCAGGUGGGACAGGUCCAUCCCAUGCAUUACAGUGAUUCGCCUGCAAAGACGAGGAGUUCAAAUUCUCCACUCUUAAAUGAAAGGAGUCACCUCCACUUCUGAAGGCAACUCCCUCUCCUUAUGCACCAAGAGAGACAGUCCCUCUGAACAUUACAGGGUGAGUUGCCUCCACAAGUUAGAAUUUAAAUUCUUUGCUGUUGGAAUUCAGUGCAGCACACUGUCCAGUGUUCUGUGGCCCACUGUUUGGGAAACGCUGAUUUAGCCUUAGUAGUAGACUUUGUGCCUUAUGGUAAAAGGCAUAUGAAGCCAGGUCUUCCCAGAUCAUCAGUGUCCCACAUGUUCUACAUAACACCGGUGGUACCAAGCUGUUGUGAGCUCCUAAGGAAGCACUAGUGAUCUUGUGCAACUGUGCCUUCAGUGCUUCCUUAGAAGCCCGCAACAGCACAGGCAACUCAGAAUUACAGUACCUUCAUUGGAUUGUGAGUCAUGUAGAAUGUUGUAUGAUCUAGGCAUAUGUUUUCCACUGUAGGUUAAAAGGGUGGGAGGAGUCUUACAAUACUCUAUUUAGAUAGUUUUUAAUAGCAGAUUAUUCAUAACCUAGAGACACUCAACCAGAGAUUUAAAUAGUUUUUAAAAAAAUCACAAAGGAUAAGCAGAUGCAUACAAGGUUAAAUAUAAUUUGGAUAAUAACUUUUCCACAUGGGGGUAUCUAAUAAGACAGAUCUUUAGAUGCCCAGUGGUUAUUUUAGAAGCAGGAGCUUAUAUUUGGCUCAGAUUUUAGUGGUCUGUAGGAUGGUCAGUGCUCAGAUCAAAGACCCUGGUCUAUGGCUACCUUGGAUCUAAUACGCUGUUUAUUGAUGCAGUCUCUACUGAGCAUUGUUUCUUCUCCACUCCCCAAUGUGAGAGGAUGGUUCUGCCAUCUCUUGUACUGAAUUGUAUCAACAGGUUUUCUGUUAACCUUUUACAUACUUAAAUACAUACAUUUUAGCACAUGGUCUGCUUGCUCUGGUCACCUCUUCCCUUGUGCUUAUGGUUCUGAUACAAAUUGUACAUCUCUCUUACCUCUUUGCCCAUGACUUCAUGCUUAUGCUAACUCAUUUUGCUUGAUCAGGAUUAAAUUCUGAGGCCUUGUCAAUAUAGAAUGAUAUCCAAACUAUUCCUAUCCUAAAAUUUAUCCUAAUAGUCAAUAACCACCACUCAUGUAUAAAUAUUUGUUACAUUAGAAUUCUUCUUCUCAAGGAGUUCAAGGUGGAGCACCUGGGACAUACUACAUUUUAUUCCAUCACAGCAACUAGAGCUGAAACAAAUAGCAAAUAUUAGCAUCUUAAAUUCUCCAAAUCCACCAUUUGAAACUUUGGAUUGUAAAUUUAAAACUAAAAUUAGAAUGUGAACUUUUAAAUUUAAAAUUCAAAUAAUUGUAGACUUAUUGGCAUUAUUUGAUUAUUUUGAUUUUGACAAGUUUUAAAUAACUGUAAACAUAAAGUGGUAAUUUAGUUUUUGUUUAUCAAAUGCUAUAGGAGAAUGUCAUUACAUGACAACUACCAAAUAUGAUCUAAUGUUAAAUACUCUAUUGUGUAAUAGAAAUGUUAUGUGAUAUGGUAUACAAGUGGACUGUUAUUGUA